AUGGUGAGCGAAGGAGCAAUUGUAACAUCAGCAAUGGUUACAGCUCAGUUCCUAGAAAUGGGUGGUAACACUCUAUUUAAAGCAGCCACCAAUGAUGGAAUGAGUAUUUAUGUUUUCAUGUUUUACUCAAACCUUUUUGCUCUAUGUUUUCUUCUACCUUCCACUCUUUUCUACCAUAGAAAAAGAGCUCCUCCUCCUAUUUCAUCAUCAAUUUACUGCAGAUUGUUUCUUCUCAGUUGCCUAAGUACUUUAGUGCAGAUUUUGAUGAGCACUGGAAUUAGAUGCAGCUCUCCCACGUUGUCAUCCGCUAUGGUUGACCUUGUCCCAGCUUUUACCUUCAUACUUGCUGUAAUUUCAAGGAUGGAAAAUCUAAAUUUGAAACAGCAUAGCAGCCAAGCUAAAAUUAUUGGUACAGUGGUGUCCAUAGCAGGAGCAUUAACUUUGACAUUAUAUAAAGGAAUAUCAUUGAUUAGUGAUGCAUUUCAAAAUAUCAAAAUGGGAGCAAGUGAUACGUACCUGACAGAGAAUUCACAAUGGAUACUUGGUGCUUUUAUUCUUGCCACUGCUAGCUUUUGCCUUUCUGUUUUAUAUAUUGUCCAGGUAACUAAAUAA